CCUUUCUUUUUGGAGUUAGGAAUAUAUCAUAACAUAUCAACCAGCCAAGUUCUUUCCUCUCUACUCUCUCCAGCCACACAUUGAAGCUUUUGCUUCAAUGGCUGUUCCUUCAACAGAGGACCCACAACAAGCUUCUUCCUGCAAAAUGGAACAUUUUGACCCAAGUGCCCCUCCACCAUUCAAGGUGGCUGAUAUUAGAGCAGCCAUUCCAGCCCAUUGUUGGGUCAAAAACCCAUGGAGGUCACUAAGUUAUGUCCUUAGGGACAUUUUGGUCAUUUCAUUAUUGGUUGUCAUGGCUGUUUUUUUCAAAACAAGUUCAUGGGUUUGGCCUGUUUAUUGGGCUGCACAAGGAACAAUGUUUUGGGCAAUCUUUGUUCUUGGUCAUGAUUGUGGCCAUGGAAGCUUUUCUGACAAUGCUAAACUCAAUAGUAUUGUGGGCCACAUUUUGCAUUCUUCUAUUUUGGUACCGUACCAUGGGUGGAGAAUUAGUCAUAGGACUCACCAUCAAAACCAUGGUCAUGUAGAAAAUGAUGAAUCAUGGGUUCCGUUGUCAGAAAAGACUUACAAGGCAUUGGAUGCCUCUACCAAGUUGCUCAGAUUCAAAGUCCCUCUUCCCUUAUUCGUGUACCCAUUAUACUUGUGGAAAAGGAGCCCGGGGAAAUCAGGGUCACAUUUCAACCCAUAUAGUGACAUGUUCUCACCAAAUGAGAGACAUUAUAUUAUGACAUCAACUUUAUGUUGGACUCUUAUGGUGAUCAAUCUAAUCUAUUUGUCAAUUGUCAUUGGCCCAAACCUAUUGUUCAAUCUCUACGGCAUUCCUUAUUUGAUAUUCGUUAUGUGGUUGGAUGGCGUCACGUAUUUGCAUCACCAUGGGCACGAGCAAAAGCUUCCUUGGUAUCGCGGCAAGGAAUGGAGUUAUUUAAGGGGAGGGUUGACUACCGUUGACCGAGAUUAUGGAAUAUUCAACAACAUUCACCAUGAUAUUGGCACACAUGUCAUUCAUCAUCUUUUCCCACAAAUCCCUCAUUAUCAUUUGGUUGAAGCGACUAUGGCAGCAAAGUCCGUACUCGGAAAGUACUAUCGAGAGCCUAAAAAGUCUGGUCCUAUACCGGUUCAUUUGAUAGAUAACUUGGUUAGAAGCUUGAAACAAGACCAUUAUGUUAGUGACGUUGGCGACGUACUCUACUACCAAACUGAUUACCUAAUGCUUGGGAAGAAAAUCGAGUGAUUAUACCCUAGUUAUGUCAAGAUUGGUUUAUGAGAAAACUCCCUAAAGAAAAUAAAACAGAUUCCUAGCUUGUUAUAUUAGUGUUACCAUUUAUUUAUUGUUCUAAAGGGAUGAUGAAACAUUUGUAACCUAAGUAAUCAUAUAUUAAUCUUCGUUUGCUA